AACACCACGCCGCAACAGUGCUGAUUCAAUAAACGGGGACCCAACCAUAAGGUCAACCUUGUUAGAGUACGCUCCCCUCGUUUAUCAACCAAUUUCUAUUCAUCAUGCCUGCGUCGGACCACCAUGACCACAUGUCCGACAACGAGCUUGAUAGGCUCUUCAGUUACAAUUUUGGCCCGGAAGGGGAUCGAGAAGAGGCCUCAAUAGCAGAUGCUUCUGCGCGGAAUCCUAAUGCCGCUCGACCUACGGACGGCGAUGAUGGACUGGGCAUAGAUCGAGAAGUUCCAAUCGGAGAGCGAAAGCGAAGACAGCCCAUUGCUAAACUCGACUCGACUUUACUCACCGGACCAAAAGGCAUUCCAAAAUUACGAUCCAUAGCGAAGAAGCAACUCAAAUUUCGGGGCAAAGGGCAUGAGUUCUCCGACACGGCUCGGCUAUUGAAUAUGUAUCAGCUUUGGCUCGAUGAGUUAUUCCCGAAAGCCAAAUUUGAAGACGGUCUGGUUAUGGUUGAGAAACUGGGUCAUAGCAAGAGUGUGCAAUCCGCGCGCAAGCAGUGGAUUGACGAGGAAAGGUACGGCACAAGCGCGACGAGGCAGAACUCGACUCCUCCUAGGAAUCUAUCUGCACAAGAAGAUCCUCCCGUUUCACCGAAGCCGAACGCGACAGACCACGCAUCCGGAAACCAUGCUACUCCGAGUAGUUUGCAGAAUCCCAACGAACCAUUAGAGCGACAACAACUUCCCACUUCAGGGAUCACCGAUCAUAGAGCUCCAGACCAACCGCCGAACUCAGACAUACCGGAUGACGAUGAAUUAGCUGCUUUGUUAGCCGAGACUACAACCGGUCCUGGAGAGCAUCAGACUCAUGGUCAUAGCCAGAGCACCGCGAUACAUAAGCCCGUUUCUAACGGGCAUGAUGAAUACGAGGCAGAGAUGGAAGCAAUGGCAGAUAUGGAUGACCUAUACGGUUGAACCGGUGCCACAUUGGCAAAAUGGAACAGCAUAAGAAUGUCAUUUACAGGAAGCCGGGACUGCUGCUUAUAGCGGUACUAGGGGACCUCAACAAGGGCAGUAUAUGUUAACAGAUCCUUCGGGAUAGACGUGCUCAACCAUUCAACGAACCUCAAGGACGGAACACCUCCCAAGUCCACGGUAGGAAUGGAAGACGGUCGUGCGGCACGACAUAGUACUUUUGGUACUUACCUGGUACCUGGGAGAUGGAUCAGCGGCAUGAAGAUUAAUCGAUAGAUUGAAGAAGAAAUACAGCCGAAUCAUUGGUAUCAAAGGCAUCAAGCGAUGUUAAACGUGUAACGAAUUAAUGUCAAUCUAAUUCACUCC